CGCGUGCCGUGCGUGCCACGCGGGGGUCAUCGAGAGCCUGGACCGCAUGCUGUCGCUGCCUGGAACGCUCGGCGCACCUUCGGAUCGCCACUUCCUGCCGUUCGCAACCUGCCGCGGCGACGGCGGUGCCCCACCGCCGACUCAUCAGCGCGACUUCUUGUUGCCCUUCUCGCCUUGGGUGGAGGAGGUGCUUCAGAUCGCACUGCGAGGCACCGAGGCGGGAGCAAUCCUCGUGCAGGCGCUUGGGCGGGAUGCGGAGCUCGAUGGGCUGCAGGCCAUCACCAGUGAGCCGGGCACAGCCGCGCAGGAUCUGCACAGCGACGCGGCGUGGGGAACGCCGCGGACUGUCACUAUCUUUCUUGCGCUGCAUGACAUUCUCGACGAGACGAUGGGGCCCACGCGGUUUGUGCCGGAAACCCAUGAGCCCCGCUGCUUCCCGGGGCGGCGCUGGAUGCCGCCGCCAAGGGUGGGUGGCGAUCUGGGAGAGCGACGCACAGCGUGGUUUGCGCUGCGCACUGGCGACGCGGUCCUCAUGGAUUCGCUCACGUGGCACGGCGCAGGCGCAAACCGAGGCGAGCAGAGGCGCACGCUGCUCGCUGCAUCAUUCGUCAAUAGGAGUAGCGAGGGCCGGCUGCCAGCCCAGCGCCCGCCAGGACUGAGGCUCGGAGAUUUCGCGUUGUGAUCUAGAUCACCAGAGCGUAGAGGUAGAGCCGCGGCGCGCGGGGUUUGCGUGUCGGUGUGUGUAUAUAACAAAAAAGCCGUGUGAUGU